AAAAAAAACAGAAUCCAAUCAUGGGGAAAGUGAGAGCUUUGUAGAGUACAUCACACGAGAGUUUAAACGCGUCGAGCGAUCAGUUCUCUAAGAAUUGUCCGCGUGUGUAAACGAUAUAAUGUACAUCAAAUGCUUCCUAUUUCUGAAAUUCUUUUCGUUCGCAAUCAUGUUGCCAAUGCAUGACAAUAAUAUGAACAGAGAAGUUACAUCGCUCGAUAGAAGUCAUAUGUCAACAACUUAUUAUGAUACAAUAUCUAAAAGAGCAACGGAAGAAUCAUCAGAUGACAGUCGAAUAGAUUUUCAAAUAAGAAAUCAUCGGGGAUUAGGAACGUACAUAUUUGGUUUCGAUACAGGAAGCGGAAAAAAUCGGCAAUUCAAAAUGGAGGAGCGUCUUCAAGAUGGAAGCGUCAAGGGCCGAUAUGGUUUUUACGAUGCAAAGGGACAACUCAAAAUUAUCAGUUAUAUCGCAGGACUUAUCAAUGGUUAUCAAGAACGCCACCACGAAACGAUUACCUACAAAUCUGAAAUUUAAUAUAUACUUUACAAAUAAUUCCAUUAAGACUUUUUUUCUUUUUCUAUACUUAUAUGGUGAAAUCAGAAGCAAAACAUUUUCAACAUAAAAUUCUUUUUUAUGAAUAUCGAAAUAAAUUAAAUAUUAGAUUUUUUAUUUUUCUUAUAAUUUUGCAUUUAAAUCUAUUUUUUUCUAGCGAUUGGCUAGAUGUGUAUGAUUUUUCUUCACUUGGCUCCAUGACUUAUCUAACUCACAAUAAUAAUGGGUCAUGGAUGUUUUGAUAGUUAUCUAUUCAGAAUCUGCAGCUUCUGCGCUCAUUGUGGAGCGGAGGUAGAUAACGCUAAAUAUACCAUAAAAUGCUACACAACAUUAAAUGUGGAAAGGGCCCCUUUCAGAUAAAAUUUUGGAUAGGACCUUAGCUAGACUAUAAUGUCUCGUUUUGCAGAAUCUGUUAUUUUAGCUAAAAAAAUCGCAGAAAGAGAGAGAGAGAGAGAGAGACAGACAGACUGCAAGAGCAGUGCAAUCUCUCUCCCAAUUAUCGAUGAUUCUUCGGGCAUUUGGAAUCCAAAUGGGAUCCAGUAGUCUUUUAGUAAGACAACGUAGUAUGAUCAAUAAGAUUAUUAGAUUAGUUUAAUUAGUCAUUUUUAUUGUCGUAACUCGAAAUUCCAUAUCGUAUUAACAACCUAAAAAAGUCAAAAGAGCACAGCGCAAAAUCAGCAUUUUAUAAGCUGAUUGUGCGCGCUUUCAAAAUCGUGAUUAAAUGCAAGACAUGCAUUUUGUUGCAAUUAAAUUAAGACACCGCGACCUUAUACCAAAAGAUCACUUAUUUUCGAACCAUAAAAAGAGAAACAUCGAAUACCUUGGGGCCGUAAUUCGAAAAAGUAGUGACGCGUAUACACAAAGUAAGUGUGAGAUUCCGCAAAGCGCCAAAAUUAUACGUCACGGAAGCAUUAUCCAGCCGAUCUGUAAUAACAAGUAAAUUGUUCAAAUACAUCUUUUUUUACGGAAUCUCUGUCUUGAGUUUCUCCGAACCCUUGGAUCAGUCCCAAAUUUCUGUUGUACCCGGAGAGGUACAACAAAAUUGGUGGCAGCGGUGAGAUUGGUCCAGCUAAAGAAUUGUCAAAGUAAGCAAAUUAGCACCAAGUGCGAGCCGAACAAUCAUCAGUGCCUGAGAGAUCUGGAAAAAGAACCGUGACAAGAAGUUACAGUGUGCAGAGAGAAGAACGCAACGCCAAGCAGCUAGCCGAUCGCAGAGGACCAAGGACGCCGCCCGUACAACGUAAAAUUCUUUGUCGCUGAUUUACAGCAACGAAUACUGCCGAGCGAUCCAACCGCUCAUCGUGCAGAAGCUAUGAGUAAGCGAGGAGAAUGCGAAUCAUCAUUUUACUAUAAGUUACAAAAAAUUGUAAAAUAAUUUAGCGUGAAUAUUGGCACAACCGAAAAGGGUUACGUUCCAUCGAUCACAAUUUUUAAGCGUACCAGCGCGACUAGCAAAUAGAUUCGG